AAAUCAUUCUUUUUUGCUAAAUCACUGCACUUCCUGUUAACCACAUGGUUCACCUGUUUUCCCACUGGCAUCAAACGCAGCACAGAAGGCUUGACAAUAAUUGGACCAUGUGUAGCCAAUCAUAGGCCUGGAGUAUACUAUAGCCCGCCCACUUCCUCCAACAACCAGUCAAUGUUGGCGAAAGUGCGGCCACAGUUCCUGUAGUCAAAAAGCACAUUGCCUUGACAGAGAGGAGGAAGCUGCUAACCAUUUACUCAUCAAGUGAGGCUGCUGAGUUUUCUGACACUAUGCCAACUGCCAGUGAAAACACACUCUUCGGGAUGGGAAAUCCCUUGCUCGACAUUUCAGCUGUUGUGGACAAAGAUUUCCUUGACAAGUUCGGACUGAAGCCUAAUGACCAGAUCCUCGCUGAAGACAAACACAAGGCCUUGUUUGAAGAAAUCGUCAAGAGGAACAAAGUUGAGUACCACGCCGGAGGUUCGACCCAGAACUCGGUGAAAAUUGCUCAGUGGAUGAUCCAGAAGCCCCACAAGGUGGCUACUUUUUUCGGGUGCAUUGGUAACGACCACUUUGGGGAGAUCCUGAAGAAGAAGGCCGAAGAAGCCCAUGUCGACGCUCAUUACUACGAACAGAACGAGGAGCCGACCGGUACCUGUGCAGCCUGUAUCACCGGGGACAAUAGGUCCCUCGUUGCUAACCUGGCAGCGGCAAACUGCUACAAAAAGGAAAAACACCUGGACUUGGACAGCAACUGGGAGCUGGUGAAGAAAGCCAAGGUCUAUUAUAUUGCGGGGUUUUUCCUGACCGUGUCCCCGGAGUCAAUCCUGAAGGUGGCGAAGCACGCGUCAGAUAACAACAAAAUCUUCUGCAUGAACCUCUCAGCACCUUUCAUCAGCCAGUUCUUUAAAGAGCCCUUGAUGAAGGUCAUGCCUUACGUCGACAUCUUGUUUGGCAAUGAGACGGAGGCGGCCACAUUUGCCAAAGAGCUGGGCUUUGAGACAGAUGACAUUGCGGAGAUCGCAAAGAAGACCCAAAACCUCCCGAAGAACAACACAAAGAGGCAGCGAGUGGUGGUCUUCACCCAGGGCAAGGACGACACUGUUGCAACUGUUGAGAGACUCGGUAUAAUAAAAGGUGAGACGGUGACCAUGUUCCCUGUUGUGGACAUCGACCAGAACGCCAUCGUGGACACUAAUGGAGCCGGAGACGCCUUUGUGGGAGGAUUCCUCUCUGCGCUGGUCCAGGAGCACAAGCUGGAGGAGUGUAUCCGGGCCGGACACUACGCCGCCAACGUCAUCAUCAAACGGGUCGGAUGCACCUUCCCAGAGAAGCCAGACUAUCAGUGAUGCAUCCGAGCAACAAAUAUUUGUCUUGUUCACAAGAUACUUGUAUAUGUAUGCUUCAGGAUUGUAUGUACAUUUUUUUCUAUUUUCAGUAACUGACUGCAUGGGACUAAGUGCUGCAGCUUGAAUAUUUUAUUUUAAGCUGUAAUAAUCAAACUCAGAUGUUUUUAAUAUAAUUCAAACACUGUACUGGUAUCAAUUAUUGGAUUUUUUUGUGUCUAAAGGAGCAUUCUGCUGAAAAUUAUUAUUAUUAUUAACUAUUAUUUCAUGUUUCAGAAAACAAACACCUGUAGGUCUAUAAGGUGCGAAAAAAUGUCUAUGUCUAUGUCUAUGUGUAGAAGCUACUCAAGCAUGGAUCCUCAUCAUCUGUAUGUUAAAACCGGGAUACUUUGGAUCAUAUUGACGAGAUGUAUCAGUAGUUGUCGAAGUGCAUUAUCCUCAAGGGUACGUUUUGAAAAGUUUCUAUCGACAGACAUGUGGCGCUGAGAAAAGUUAAUUUUUUUUGCUUCUAACCGAAGGACAGCAGCUGUAGUCCGCUUCAAGAUACAAUCAAUUUCCACGGUGACCCAGAGUCAACGGCUGAAAAAAAAACCUUUUCAGACUUCUCAAACCAUUCCUGCUGCACCUUCUACUCUCAAUCCUCGCGCUGACUUUAUUCCAAACAAUUAUGGCUUCACCUAUAAACUGCUAAUCAAACUAAUUGCAUUGGAGCUCCUGAGCUAGAAGCUGGCAUGCAAAAGAAGUGGUGUGUUCAGAAGUGUAAACUGCGAGUGCCAUCAGUCACAAAGCAGCAAGCUGCAAACUUUUUGGAGCCUUUUUCAAGCCUGCAGGGGUUGAGAGCUGCGAUACUUAUGUACUGUAAAAUGUAGAACAUUUUCAGCUCAAUGUUCCUUUAAAGGAUAAGGUCACCAGAAAAAUGAAAUUCCUGUCUUUAUCUGCUCACCCCCAUGCUGAUGGAAAACCGCGUGAAGUUUCAUGUAGUCUACAAAAGUUUUCUUGAGCCUCACAGCAAAAACAACGUUAGAGACGCCAGACAGGGGUUCGUAUUAAAAUGUAAGAAAACAACAGGAUAUAUAAAAGCAUAAAAAGCCUCCAUAAAGCUUUUUAGGUGUAAUCCAAGUCUCCCAAACCCCCCGAGAUCCCAAAUUGAUUUUUAAAAAGGUGAUGUUUGUUCUUCCACAGACUUGGAUUACGCCGGAUGAGCUUUAUGCAGCCAUUAUAGUUUCUGUUUUAAAACAAGUCCCCAGCCACCUCAGUUUGAGGAGAAAUGCUGCACCGCAAAACUUCACCUGAUUUUCCAGUCGGCGUAAGGGUGGGAAGAUCACGACGGAAUUUUUUUGUUUUUUAAUUUUUUUUUUUUUAAACAGCUCCAGAAUUCAUGGAUGGGACACCGUUAUCAGUGACAGUAGCCAUGGGACGAAACUGAAAGGAAUGUUCUUUGUUAUCACACGAAUAAAACGAUACGAAACUCA